CAGAGCUUGUUCAAAGGGCCUUAUUUAGGUUGCGCAGGCGCCCACUAGCCAUUUCGUCUCUGCCGCGCCGAAGUUGUGUGAGCAGGUCUGACUGCCAUCCCCCGUCUUGCAGUCUGAUUCGACGCCAGCACCCACUAAGAGACGAUGAUGUUGGGCACCGAAGGCGGUGAGGGGUUCGUGGUGAAGGUCCGGGGCUUGCCUUGGUCUUGCUCUGCAGACGAAGUGCAGCGGUUUUUUUCUGACUGCAAAAUUCAAAAUGGGGCUCAAGGUAUUCGUUUCAUCUACACCAGAGAAGGCAGACCGAGUGGCGAGGCUUUUGUUGAACUUGAAUCAGAAGAUGAAGUCAAAUUGGCCCUGAAAAAAGACAGAGAAACUAUGGGACACAGAUAUGUUGAAGUAUUCAAGUCAAACAACGUUGAAAUGGAUUGGGUGUUGAAGCAUACUGGUCCAAAUAGUCCUGACACGGCCAAUGAUGGCUUUGUACGGCUUAGAGGACUCCCCUUUGGAUGUAGCAAGGAAGAAAUUGUUCAGUUCUUCUCAGGGUUGGAAAUCGUGCCAAAUGGGAUAACAUUGCCGGUGGACUUCCAGGGGAGGAGUACGGGGGAGGCCUUCGUGCAGUUUGCUUCACAGGAAAUAGCUGAAAAGGCUCUAAAGAAACACAAGGAAAGAAUAGGGCACAGGUAUAUCGAAAUCUUUAAGAGCAGUCGAGCUGAAGUUAGAACUCACUAUGAUCCACCACGAAAACUUAUGGCCAUGCAGCGACCAGGUCCCUAUGACAGACCUGGGGCUGGCAGAGGGUAUAACAGCAUUGGAAGAGGAGCUGGCUUUGAAAGGAUGAGGCGUGGUGCUUAUGGUGGAGGUUAUGGAGGCUAUGAUGAUUAUAAUGGCUAUAAUGAUGGCUAUGGAUUUGGGUCAGAUAGAUUUGGAAGAGACCUCAAUUACUGUUUUUCAGGAAUGUCAGAUCACAGAUACGGGGAUGGUGGCUCUACUUUCCAGAGCACAACAGGACACUGUGUACACAUGCGGGGAUUACCUUACAGAGCUACUGAGAAUGACAUUUAUAAUUUUUUUUCACCACUCAACCCUGUGAGAGUACAUAUUGAAAUUGGUCCUGAUGGCAGAGUAACUGGUGAAGCAGAUGUCGAGUUUGCAACUCAUGAAGAUGCUGUGGCAGCUAUGUCAAAAGACAAAGCAAAUAUGCAACACAGAUAUGUAGAACUCUUCUUGAAUUCUACAGCAGGAGCAAGCGGUGGUGCUUACGAACACAGAUAUGUAGAACUCUUCUUGAAUUCUACAGCAGGAGCAAGCGGUGGUGCUUAUGGUAGCCAAAUGAUGGGAGGCAUGGGCUUGUCAAACCAGUCCAGUUAUGGUGGCCCGGCCAGCCAGCAGCUGAGUGGUGGUUAUGGAGGCGGCUAUGGUGGCCAGAGCAGCAUGAGUGGAUAUGGCGGCCAAGCAGCAGUGAACAGCAGCUACUACAGUAGCGGGAGCCGAACGUCUGUGGGCGUGAACGGAAUGGGAGGGGUGUCUGGCAUGUCCAGUAUGAGUGGUGGAUGGGGAAUGUGAUCGGUCCUGAUCGCUGACCUUGGUCAACGUUUUUUAAAAGAAAAACUUAAGUUUUAACAGUUUUGCAAUACAAGCUUGUGAUUUAUGCUUACUCUAAGUGGAAAUCAGGAUUGUUUUAAAGACUUAAGGUUCAGUAUUUUUGAACACACAUUCAUCUAGGAUGUAACAACUAGGUUGGGUAAACUAUUACUGUUAAAUAAUUUUCAGCUUUUCUCAAGUUAGUUCUAUUGUAGGAUGUACUUAAGCAGUAAGUGUAUUUAGGUUAAAGCAGUUGAAUUAUGUUAAAUGUUGCUCUUACAUCACAUUACAUUGAACACUGUCUGGAUGCAUGUUGAAAGACAUGCUUUUUUGUAAAACUCAAUAUAGGAGCUGUGUCUACAAUUAAAAGUGAAACAUUUGGCAUGUUUGUUAAUUCUAGUUUCAUUUAAUAACCUCUAUGGCACGUAAGUUUAAGCUUUUUUUUUUAAGUUAAUGGGGGAAAUUUGACACGCAAUACCAAUACUUUAGGAUUUUGGUCUUGGUGUUUGUAUGAAAUUCUGAGGCCUUGAGUUAAAUUUUUCAUUGUAUUGUGAUUUUCCUUUUAGGUGUAUUGCGCUAAGUGAAACUUGUCGAAUAAAUCUUCCUUUUAGAAACUGCA